AUGUACCUGGCAAAUUUAGAAGGAGGAAACCAGUCCGUUCCUGCGGCAUUUAUUCUCCUGGACUUCAAUACUGAAGAUCUACAGAUUUUACUGUUUAUACUCUUUCUAGCUGUUUACCUUGUAACGAUUGCAGGGAACAUCCUCAUUGUGAUUCUAGUAGCCUUUGAACCACAUCUUCACAACCCCAUGUACUUCUUCCUAGGGAACCUUUCCUGUUUGGAGACCUGCUACAGUUCAACUAUCCUGCCGAGAAUGCUAUUUGUUUUUCUGAGUGGGGACAGAACCAUUUCUGUGAGUGCAUGCCUUGCACAAUUGUACUUAUUUGGUUUUUUUGCAGCCACUGAAUGUUACUUUCUAGCAGUAAUGUCUUAUGAUCGUUAUUUAGCAAUAUGCAAACCAUUGCAUUAUGCUAUGCUCAUGAAUGGCAGAAUUUGCAUCCAGUUGAUUUUUGUGUCCUGGAUAUGUGGAUCUCUGGGUAUCAGUGUCCUAAUCUUCUUGGUGUCUCAGUUGACUUUUUGUGGACCUAACAAAAUCAACCACUUCUUCUGUGAUUUCACCCCAGUGGUCAUACUCUCUUGCAAUGAUACUCAUUUGGUUGAAAUGGCAGCCUUCACAAUCUCCUCUAUAGGUACUCUGCCCCCACUUCUGAUAACCCUCACCUCUUAUAUCUGCAUCAUCAACAGCAUUUUAAAAAUCCCAUCCACUACAGGGAAACAAAAAGCCUUCUCCACUUGUUCCUCACACCUCACAGUGGUUUCAUGCUUCUAUGGCUCUUUGAUGGUUGUCUAUGUCUUACCAGACAUCAGUUCACUGAGUGAGGUGAAGAAAUUGUUCUCUCUGUUUUACACACUUCUCACUCUUCUGCUGAAUCCACUCAUAAACAGCUUGAGGAAUAAAGAAGUAAAGGAAGCAGUGAGGAAAAGCAUUAGGAAGCUGCACAGACUUAAAAUCCAGAAGAGGAGUAAAAGAAACUUUGAGAACAUUGACUUCACAAUUUACAAUGGUUGA